GGCCAGGAGUGAACGCAAGCCCCAAGCUCCAAACCAGUCAGUUUAUCGCCGUACACAACUGGAGAAAGAGAGCAUCCAUCGCGCAUCGUCGCUCGCGAAGAACCCCGUCGUCAGGUCAGGUCAGCCAACAAGCCAGACUGGUUGGUAGUAGUUUGCGAUGAGUAAAGAAAAUUAGCAGAAAAUACUAUCAAUAAGAAGAGCACGCGCAGUGUUUGAGCAGUCUAGUACGUCGGGGCAGUGUAGUAGUAUUGGUUUAAGUCAUUUCAGUCUGCUACUUGUCUGGUGAGAAGAAUAGUACGCGUUUUUAAACUUCUUGAGAGCGCAGUAUUUUAUCAAUCAGAUUAAUUUUUUUUUGUUCGUGGUCGCCAUCUCGGCGCUGAUGUGGUGAGCAAAGUGAAGAAGAGAGCACAAAGCAAAAAGGCAGAAAAUCAGGAAAAAGCUUGCAGCAGCAGUAGUAGACGGACGGCGACGGUGACGAACGGACGGUCGAACCGACGAAAGUGUGUGUAAAAGUGAGACAAGGAGGCAGGAAAAAAAAUCGAACUGAAGCAAGGUGCGUUUCGCGUUUUUUCGAGUCUCGGGUCGCGGCGAAUCGCGCUGUUCGAGAAAUUCUCAUCCACCAACGACGGUCGGUGUGUGUAGGUGAGUGGUGAAUGUCGAUGUGCUCGUAAUAUUUCCGGGAGGAGCAACCAGCAGCAGAAGAAGCACGACUCAAUCUCGCGUAUGUAGUGUUUCGAAAAAGUUUCGACGUAAUUAUCGACGGUAAAACCGGAAUACAGUUUGUGCAAAAUAUCUACACGGGUUGUGAAAAGUAUGGAUUCGCAUUCGGAUCCACAGGAACGAGGACGACGACGAUCCUACGGCAGUGACGACAGCAGCAGCAGCAGCACCACCAAAAUGGACUCCACCUUCGUCAUUGUAGUGGAAGACGAGCGCUGCUGCUAGCCAGCGAGCACCCAUCAUCAGCAGCAGCAAGCAGCAGUUUCUUUCUCCAAAGGGGAAAUCCAAGCGAAAUUUUUAUCGAGCAAAAUUAGUGGAACCAGUUUUAGAGAAGAAUCAUCGGGAAGAAGUAUUCCAGGCGAAAAGUAGUGGUAAUUUUAUGCUGGUGUUUUGCAAUAAUCAUCUACGAGAAGGCUGGGCCCAGCCGUAGCACACCGAGCGAACCGAUUGUAAGCGUGCGCGAGGCACAGCCGCAGCAAAGCUGCCACCAUUAGUAGCAGCCGCAGUGGUCCCCGCAGUCGCAUUCAGGACGACUGUCUCGGCAGCAAUACCAUCAGCCCUCGCGAUAGCAUCGUCCAGAAGGGUCAGUGCCGUCGGUGGCGGUGGCGCUGGAGGCGGAGGAGCAGCAAGGGGACACGUUGUAAGGAGCAGCGCUAGGAAGAGGAGAGUGCUCCUGCGUGCCAAGGGGGCCGCACAGCUCCGAUCGACGCGCACUGGCCCGGAUACGCGAUCGGCAAUUCUCAGCAGCAGACGACGCAGACGGCGACGGCGUCAAAGUGGACGAUUGCAACAGCAGGUGACAUCCGCUGCUGGUAAUAGUAGUAGCGUUAACACUAGCACUAGCACCUGCAGCAGCAUUAGCAACAACAGCAGCCAAAAUACUCCCAUCAGCGUAGCUCUUGCAACGAAGAUGGUCGUGGCAUCUACCAGCCAUGGGAGUGGUACCUCGAAUUCGACGAUUGCGGCGCAAUUGCGCAACUCGCAGCCGAAGCUGCACCAGGUCGCUGCCACUGGAACCGGGAUGACACCGAAGGAACUAUCCGAUAACGAUGACCUCGCGACCGGCCUGGUGCUGGAUCCAAUCCUGGGCUUUCAGACGCACAAGAUGAACCUCAAGUAUCGGCCGCUGCGGGUCAAUACCGACCCGAUCAAGGACAUCCUGGAGGAGUUUAUCCGAACGCAGAACUACGCCAAAUGCUACCACCAGCUGAUGAAGGGCAACUGGAUUCCGCGGGCGGUGCUGAACAAGAGCAAGCUGGCCCAGAAGCGACUGGAAGCGCACAUCUACCGCUACCUUCGCGUGUUCGAUCGGAAUGCGGGAUUCGUGAUAGAGGCAUGCUACCGGUACUCGCUGGAGGGACAGAAAGGCGCCAAGAUAUGCUCCACCAAAAAGUGGUUGAAGAACGAAAAGAUCGAGUGUCUGGUGGGCUGUAUUGCGGAGCUUACGGAGAAGGAGGAAGAAGCGCUGCUCCAGCCGGGAAGGAACGACUUCUCGGUGAUGUACAGCUGCCGGAAGAAUUGCGCCCAGCUGUGGCUCGGGCCGGCCGCCUACAUCAACCACGACUGUCGAGCGAACUGCAAAUUCGUGGCGACGGGUCGGGACACGGCUUGCGUCAAAGUUCUGCGGGACAUUGAGAUAGGCGAGGAGAUCACCUGCUUCUAUGGGGAGGAUUUCUUUGGCGAUAACAAUCGGUACUGCGAGUGCGAAACCUGCGAACGACGCGGGACGGGUGCGUUCGCCAAGGAUAAGAACGGUGAAGAGCAGAGCCCGAAUGGAGUCCGGUAUCGGCUCAGAGAAACCGACAACCGGUUGAACCGGUUAAAGAGCAAAAACAAUGCCCUGGAACAUUGCAAAACCAGCAUCGGCAAGAGUGAACCUCCGUCCGCGUUGGCUGCCCUUAGCAUGAAGGAGCUGCGCGAGAAGGGAAUGACCAAGUACGAUGCGGAGAUGCUCUUGGCACAGCAAAAGCCAUCCUUCGAAGCAGGUCACACCGUGCAACCGGCUCCGGAGGUGGAUCUAAGCAGUAGUUCAGCACCGGCCGAACCACCCGACGAGAAGAAAGGCAAACCCAAACAGACACCGGAUGUGACGGAGAAGAUGGCGACUCGCUCUUCACGGCGAUUUCAGACCCCAACCGAAGAGAAGAAGCCUCACCCGGCAGCUACGGCCAGUCAACCGGAGGCAACCACGACGGAAGAGGCAGCAGCCACGCCGGUUCCACUGAAGGCCACCCGAAGCACCCGACCCCCGCGGGAGAACGGCCGCCGGAGGUACAGCAGCAACAGCAGUCUCAAUACGGACAUUUCCAGUGUCCUCUCGUCGACCUCGUCGUUCGUGACGGCCAAAUCUUCGGUCCCGACGGCUGCCGAACGGAAGAUGAUGCCCCGCUCGUUGAAGAUGCCUUCCGCUGGAGACGAGGAUGUCAUCGUGAUCGACGACGACCACAACAGCAAUCACUCUUUCGCAUCCAAGAGCAGCUGCAGUGGCAUUUCGUCUCUGUCGAAGGAUCAUCAUCAACCGCCAAAGAACAACCACAGCAGCAGCAGCAUCAACGACAGCAACGUCUAUGUGUUCAAUGAUCUCCUUGAAAGUACUAAUCUAAAUGGUUACACGCUAAGAAAUCACCACCUUCACCAUCAUCAACCGCAGCAGCACCAGCAGCAGCAGCCGGAGGGAGAACGACAGGAUCCGAGUUCGUUUUCAAUCGGCGAUCAAAAGGAACCGCUGGAGCCGGAGGUGGCCGAACGUCCACCAUCCGUGAAGCGCCGUUUAGUUGGCACAGCAAGGCGCUCUCCGGCCGAAAACAUCAGUCCUCGCGUGACCCGGCGGAAGCACAGGCUGCUCGGAAUGCAGUUAGUGUCCACUGCCAGUCGAUUCGAAGAGGCCCGGAAAAGCAAUCUAGCAACUGUAACAGCAACAACAACAACUACAACUACUACUACACUGCCAGCUGAAACGGAAAAGCCACAAUCCACCCCAACGAAGACGACGACGACGACGACGACGACGGAGAGGGCAGAGACUGUCACGGAUCUCACAUCGGGAAGCAGCAGCGGCGGCAGCAACAGCGAUAGUUCCAACCGGGGCAACCGCCGAAAGCAGAAGCUCCAGACCCGGAUCAUGCAGGUGGACGAGCUGGUGGCGCUGCAGCGGCAGGCAGCCGAACUAGAGCGCAUUGGGCGGGCCUCGCUCGGUCGUGGUGUCCCCCGGCGGUUAGUGCUGGAUGACGCGGACCGUCCCGGGAACGCGAAUGAGGACGAUGUGAUCCUGUCGAAAGUAACCAAUUGUGAUGAUACUAAUGAUAAGUUGUUAAGAAGUAGAAACCGGCAUGAGGAUGUUAUCGUUCUGAGCAGCGGUACCGGCAGCAGUGGAAGCAGUAGCGGUAGUGAGAGUAAUAGUGGUAAAUGUAGUGGUAGGAUUGAUAAUAGUAGCACUAGUGUUAGUAAUGGUAGCAGUGAUCGUGUGGGGAACGAGGGUGAACAGCUUCUUGCCUCGAAGACGGUGAUCGGUUCGCGGAAGCGAAAGGUGUCGAAAAGUGUCAGCGAAUCGGAGAGCAGCUCCAGCUGGGAGAACAAGGUUCCGGUGGAACAGCGUGCCGGUGGUGAGUCCUGUUUGAGCAUCAUUCCUAACCCGGAAGUACUGCUCAAGACUCCGGAACGACGGUUGAAGCUGACGCUUCGCAUGAAACGUAGUCCGGUGAUCGACGAGAUUAUUGAAUCAGGUACUAGUUUGAGCGAGGAUACUUGCAGCACCACCACCUACAAGCCAGAGUAUGAGAUUUUGCGGGUGGAAGGAAUCGCCGAUGAGAGCGAGAAAGACGAAGCAGAGGAGGACGAUGAGGAAGAUGAUGACGAUGGUGAAGUGGACGACGAUUUGACGUACAGUAGCAGUUGCAGUAGUAGGUUAUCGCAGAAGCGCAAGAAGCGCCACAAAUCGAAGGAAGCGCGAAGGCACCGGAGGCGUGUGAAACGUGAACUCCGUCGUCACAAUCAUCAUCAUCAUCAUCACCAUCAUCUUCAGCAGCAGCAGCAGCAGCAACAGCAACAUCAGCAAGCGAAUAACCAGCCUCAGCACCAUUCGGUCAUUCUGCAACCGUCGGCACUGGGGCCGGUGACAGCGGCCGUUACAGCUGCUGCUGCUGCUGCGGCUAAUCAGACCCCUCCCAAGCGAUCGCCGAUUGCAUUUCCAGCGCCCACCAAGCGGCUGCGACUGAUCUUCGGCAACGAAACUCGUACAAUCGACAUUCCACCGACAGCAAAGAUAUCCGCUUCGUCGUCUCCUUCCACGCCGAGCUCGUCACUGCCAUUGUCGCCGGUGGUCAGUUUAACGCCAAAUAGUCAAAGUUCCACUCCCAGCAGUGCAGGCGGCGGUGGCACUUCCGGAAUAAUCAACAACACGCCGGGCGUGAUUGUUAGCCCUACGCGGUCGCUCGGGACUCAGUUUCCCGCGUUCAACGGGUACUCCAUGAGUACCUUCUCCAGAUCUCCACAAACGCUGCAGCAAUCCCAACAGCAGUCCCAACUCCUCUUCACCAACGCUUUGAAUCCUCUCUCGCUCCUGCAGAGCAACCAUGUUUCCCAACAGUUCCAGCACCACUCCCAUCCCCACCAUCAUCACAAUCUGUUCCAAUUCCAACCGCAGUCCACUCCGCUGUCGCUUCUUCCGCAGACGGAUUCAUUGCAACAGCAGCAGCAGCAGCCACCUCAGCAGCACAAUGUCAUACAGCACACGGCACAGCUGCAACUGCAACAGCAGCAGCAUCAGCAGCUACAGCAACAACAACCCCAGCAAGUAGCCACAACUAUUCACCUGGCGGCGGCUGCUGCCGCUGCUGCGUCGAUGAACAAUCACCACAACCUUCACCAGCAGCACCAUCAUCGGUUCGGUGAGUUGAGUAUGAACAAUCACCACCUUCACCACAACAACCACCAUCAUCAUUUGACGGCAGCGGCGGCGGCCGUGUCCAGCAGCAGUGGCAGUACUCCGACCAAGUGCAGCCCGUACCAGCACCAGCUGACGGCGUUGACCACGUCGCAACCGGGCGUGGCCACGUUCAACUGACCCCUGGGGAUGGGCAGUGCGCAGCGGUAGGCGGAGGAGACGGCGAAGUUGACCCGGUGGCUUGUGGGCGAACAGGUGGAACGGGGCAGAUAGAGGACGGACAGGGUGGGGGGGCGAUCGGUGGAACACGGUGUAGGUCGAAUGUAGGGUUUUUUUCUGAAGGGAUUACUCCUUAUAUGGGACAGAAAGUGUUUUCGAUCAUCGAACCGCUUUGGUCAGUUCGUUAGCUUGGGAAAAUAUUUGAUGCAAGGUUCCACGAGUGUGGUCUUGGAAAUAAGGAUAGUAAACAUGGCUGGAUUUUCAUGAGUAGCAUGAGAGUGGCGUCCACCGAGAAGGAUCUCCAGCUGACGAAAAUUACAUUUCCCGGAACUAUUGUUCAAGCUAACAGGGAAAGUUUAGCACUGAGCUCUCCUGGAAUUCGUUUUGGAAUUCACUGCGUUUAAGCUCAAGAGCGGAUAGACCAGCUGAGCUUCACGAAUCGAGGGUAGUCUAGACUACUCCGCAAAAGAAAACUUUAACUAUCAGAUGCUCCAACCUUUAUAAAUGCAAUUAGGCAAGAAGUUCUUGAUUUGACUUUGUGUAGUCCAAUAAUCUCAGACAAAAUCAAAAAUUGGCAUAUGUCAGACGAAAUAUCUUUGUCUGAUCACAAGCAAAUAUUAUUUGAAUAUGAGGCUGGUCAACAGCUCACACAAACUUUUAGAGAUCUUAGAAAAACAGACUGGGAGCUAUAUAAUUCAGAGCUAGUGGCAGGAAGAGACACGAUAGCAAUUAGCUUAAACACUUGUGUAGAACUUGAUAAUAAUUCUAAACAACUUUCAAACUUGAUCCAACAUGCCUUUUAUGAUAGUUGCAUCGAAAAGGAACGCGCUACAAACAGGGAUGUACCUUGGUGGAACAACAGGCUACAGAAACUUCGUAAAAAAGCCCGGAAGCUUUUCAAUAGGGCUAAACGAACACAACAGUGGGAACAAUAUAAGGAAUCCCUCACCGCUUAUAAUCAGGAAAUACGGAGAUCAAAGAGGAUACACUGGAGGCAUACAUGUGAGAACAUUGAAAAAUACUCCAAAUGAAACGUUAGAGUUGAUGAUGAGAACGCAUUUUCCAGGUUCUAUUAUUAAUUCGAACGAAGACCAAAACGCAACGGCAACAGCUAUUGGUAUCGAUGAAACCAGGACGGAUAUUCAUGAAAUAUUGAAUGAAACGACUGAGUUAGACAGAAUAAGAGCUGAUGCUUGCACUUUGGCCAACAAAAUCUUUACUGAAAAAAAAAAAAAUUGAAUGGGCGAUUGACUCCUUUGAACCUUUCAAGUCACCAGGUAGGGAUGGAAUUUUUCCUGUGCUAUUAUAGAAGGGAAAAGCGGUUUUAAUGCCUAUUCUAACAAAGAUAUUUUGAGCAAGCUUAAUAUUAAGCUAUAUACCGGCCGUGUGGCGAUAAGUGCGGGUUUAUUUUUAUCGAUAAUUCAUCUCACGAUUCCAUGACUACAGCUAUGAUGAAACGUGGUUUCGAUCAAAGCAUUGUAAAUUGGAUCAAUGAAAUGUUAUCAAAAAGAGAAAUAUCAGCAAACUUUGGAAGCUCACUCAUCAGUGUAAGAGCAACCAAAGGAUGUCCGCAAGGAGGCGUGUUAUCACCUCUAUUGUGGUCGUUAAGGGUUGAUGAUCUUCUCAAAAAUGUAAUAGCCCAAGGCUUCGAAAUAAUUGGCUUCGCAGAUGAUAUAGUCAAAUCUGUACAUGGCAAAUAUGAUUGUAUUAUCGCUAACAGAUUGCUUUAAAUUUUGUCUCAUCGUGGUGUGAUAGGGAAGGAUUAAACAUAAAUCCUUCUAAAACUACUAUUGUGCCAUUUACGCGAAGGAAGAAAUUUUCAUUAGACAACAUAAGAUUGAAAGGCACUCUUUUCACUGCGAUUUGGAAACUGUAUCAUGCUGUCAAAUAUCUUGGAGUAAUCCUUGAUAGUAAACUUGAUUGGAAUAUGCAUCUAGAGCAGACAAUAAACAAAGCUACUUAUGCUCUAUGGAUAUGCAAAAGAACAUACGGUAAACAGUGAGGACUGAAACCGAAAAUGAUCAAUUGGGUUUACUCGGCAAUUGUGAAACCCAAGAUUACUUAUGGUGCAUUGUAAAGAGAGUGUUGCUCAGAGAAAGUUAGAAAAACUCCAAAGGUUAGCAACUGUCUCAAUAACAGGUGCAAUGAGAAGUACACCAUCGAAGGCAUUGGAUGCUUUGCUUAAUAUGCUACCAUUGCAUCAACUUGUACAAUUAGAAGCCGAAAAGUGUGCUCUAAGGAUUACAAGGUCAGUGAAACCCUUUGAAGGAGACCUUAGAGGACAUCUUAGGAUUCUGAAAACUGUUAGUAUCAACUCUCUAGAAAAGAACAACGAAGACUAGAUGGAGAAAAGAUACAAUUUCAAUCGACUUUUUCAAGUAGUUGGCCCUGGCAAUUUGGUGGCCCGGUUCUUCGUCCAGGAUCGAUUGUGUUUUAUACAGAUGGUUCAAGAUUGAACAAUCAAGUGGGAGCAGGAGUAACUGGCCCAGGGAUAGAAAUAUCGGUUUCUAUGGGCAGAUGGCCAACUGUGUUCCAAGCUGAAAUCCAAGCAAUUUUAGAGUGUUCCAUUAUAUUAGUUCAAAUAUAUGCGUCAUGUCCGACAGUCAAGCUGCUCUAAAUGCUUUAAAGUCGGCGACAUGUACAUCAAAACUUGUCUGGGAGUGUGUUCAAUCA